AUUCGCCCCUGCCAUUUCUCCACACCAACCAUGCAACUGCUUUACAUUCUAAAAUUCCUUCCAGCAAAAGGAAGUAGAGCGCAGAAAAGGGAACACUAUAUACACCAUUCGAAUUAAAGGGAAGAAAAUGGGCAAGCAAACCACGGCCAGCAGGUGUACCCAUUGGCACCUGCAAGUAAGAUGGCAAAAAGCAAUGAAGAAUCAAACACUUUGCAAUCCAACGAGCUCCGAAGAAAGAAAAGGAUCAAGUUGGCAAUAUAUAUAGCUGCUUUUGCUGUGUUUCAGACCAUCGUCAUCCUGGUCUUUGUUCUCAUUGUGAUGAAAGUUAAGACCCCUAAAGUCAGGUUGGGUACAAUCGAGUUAAAGAACGUGACCACUACAGCUGGAACUCAAGCAUCGUCACCUUCCUUCGACAUAAGCUUAACAACCCAAGUUGGGGUUAAGAACACAAACUUCGGUCCCUACAAAUACGACAGCUCUAAUGCCACCUUCCUGUACCAGGGCGUGACCGUUGGGGAAAUCCUCAUUCCUAAGGGUAAGGCUGGGAUGCUUUCGACCAAAAAAGUUAGUGUUACUGUUAGUGUCAAUUCAAAUGCCCUGACCAACACUACGACCCUUGGAAAUGAGUUGGGUGCCGGGACCUUGACGCUGAACAGCCAAGCCAAGCUUAGUGGGAAAGUUGAAUUGAUGUUUGUGAUGAAGAAGAAGAAGUCCGCCCAAAUGAGCUGCACCAUCUCCAUCAAGCUUAAUGCAGACAACGCCGUGGAUUUGAAUUGCCAGUGAACAUGAAGCUGUUUUAUAUAGCAGUUUCCUAGCUAUGUUUUACUUUUAUCAUUUUUUUUUUUCCUUUGCUUCUGUUUGUAUAUUGUUCUUAUUAUUUCGAUUGCGAAGGAAUACUUGUUG